GGCCUAGCCACAUAAUCAACCGUAGAUGCCACAAAGAACCAGAUAAUUACAGUGUUUUGCAGUUCCCAUUCUGUGAAACACAAGAACUGUUCUCCAUAACCAUACUUAAUUUCUGAAUAUAAUAUGUUUAUUGUUAGCCACAGAAUUGAACGACGCCGCGUUUGAGCUGAGGUCUUGUGCUAUGCAUAGGUCUUGUUGCCUAGAAACCUUGAUGACUCCUUGAUGGCUCUUGUUUGUGUGCUCUUGGUUUCACUUGCACACAAAUAAAUCAAACUCGUCUUAAUCCCCAGAAAUAGUUAAUUAGUGCUUUAAAAAGAAGGGACGGUUUGUAUCCUCAUCCCGUGACAUCACUCUCCUUUAUUCUCUCAUGUGCUGCUCCACAGAGAUAAAGCAGACGCUGCUAUAGGGAUGCUGACGUGAAGUACGCUACGUGUAUACGUGUGUGUGUGAUUAUGGGCAGGAAAAGGUGAACAGAUCUGCCAAUGACGCGAGGUUUUGCCUUGACCUUCGAUAAACCACAGAUCGUUUCUUGCCCUUGGGCGGUAGAGGCAGUUCGUUUUUUAUCUUUUUAAAAACACGAUCUGGCCGUCUGGAUGGAGAUCACUUACUGCUCAUAACUGCUGGGACAUGAGUGUGAGACCUGCAGAGGAGGAACGACAUGUCCGAGCCAACGAUCGGGACUACAAUGAGAGGUUCAGUUAUGCUGACAAUUGCAUCAAGACAGCAAAAUACAACGUGUUCACCUUCCUGCCCAUUAACUUGUUCGAGCAGUUUCAGCGUUUUGCGAACGCCUACUUCCUAGUACUGCUUAUACUGCAGUUAAUUCCAGAAAUCUCAUCUCUUUCGUGGUUCACAACCAUUGUGCCUUUGGUGUUGGUUCUUGCUAUCACAGCUGUCAAGGAUGCUACCGAUGACUUUUUCCGCCAUAAAAGUGAUGAACAAGUCAACACCCGGCAGUCUCAGGUACUCAUCAAAGGAAAACUGCAGAUUGAAAAAUGGAUGAAUGUAAGAGUGGGUGAUAUCAUCAAACUUGAGAACAAUCAGUUUGUUGCUGCGGACCUUCUCCUCCUCUCCAGCAGUGAGCCCUAUGGACUUUGCUAUAUCGAGACUGCAGAGCUAGAUGGAGAAACCAACCUGAAGGUGCGCCAAGCCUUGACUGUAACCUCAGACCUCGGGGACGAUGUUUCCAGGCUUGCAGACUUCAAUGGGGAAGUCAUCUGCGAACCUCCCAACAACAAACUGGAUAAGUUCACAGGGACUCUAUACUGGGAAGAUAAUAAGUAUCCUCUGGACAACGAGAAAAUGCUCUUGAGAGGAUGUGUGCUCCGUAACACCGAGUGGUGUUUCGGCUUGGUCAUCUUCGCCGGACUCCAAACCAAGCUCAUGCAAAACUGUGGGAGGACGAAGUUCAAACGGACCAGCAUCGACAAACUGAUGAACACCUUAGUGCUGUGGAUCUUUGGGUUUCUCAUCUGUAUGGGGAUCAUCCUGGCCAUCGGAAACACCAUUUGGGAGCAGAGUGUUGGCAGCGACUUUUGGGCGUAUCUUCAGUGGAAGCAACUCACGAUCAAUUCAGUCUUGUCUGGCUUCCUGACCUUCUGGUCCUACGUUAUCAUACUGAACACUGUUGUGCCCAUCUCACUUUAUGUUAGCGUAGAAGUUUUGCGGCUGGGCCACAGUUACUUCAUAAACUGGGACAGACGAAUGUACUACAGCCGCAAGGAGACUCCCGCCGAGGCGCGCACUACCACCCUCAACGAGGAGCUGGGCCAGGUGGAGUUUAUCUUCUCAGACAAAACAGGCACCCUGACCCAGAACAUCAUGGUGUUCAAUAAGUGUUCCAUCAAUGGGAAGACCUACGGUGAUGUUUAUGAUGAGUUUGGGCAUAAAGUGGAUAUUACAGAGAAAACACCAUGUGUAGAUUUCUCCUUCAACCCACUGAUGGACCGGAAAUUCCGUUUCCAUGACAGCAGUUUGGUUGAGGCCAUCAAGCUGGAAGAGCCUCUGGUGCAGGAAUUCUUCCGUCUGUUAGCGCUCUGCCACACCGUCAUGCCAGAGGAGAGAAAUGAGGGUGAGCUGGUGUAUCAGGCACAGUCUCCGGAUGAAGGAGCCCUGGUGACUGCUGCACGCAACUUUGGCUUCGUAUUCCGGUCUCGGACGCCGGAAACCAUCACUUUAUAUGAGAUGGGUCAGGCGGUCACCUAUCAGCUAAUAGCCAUUUUAGACUUCAACAACGUCCGGAAGAGAAUGAGCGUCAUUGUGAGGAACCCAAAGGGGCAGUUAAAGCUUUACUCAAAAGGAGCUGACACUAUUGUCUUCGACAGGCUGGACCCAUCUAAUGAAGAGCUUGUGUUUACUACCUCAGAGCACCUUAAUGAGUUCGCCGGGGAGGGUCUGAGAACAUUAGCGCUGGCGUACAAAGACCUGGAUGACGACGUGUUUGAUGAAUGGAUGAAGAAACUGCUGUUCGCCAGCACGACACUAGAUAACAGAGAAGAAAAACUCGGGGCUCUGUAUGACGAAAUAGAGCAGGGCAUGAUGCUGCUUGGUGCUACAGCGAUAGAGGACAAACUUCAAGAAGGAGUUCCAGAGACCAUUGCCUGUCUGACCUUGGCCAACAUCAAGAUCUGGGUGCUCACCGGAGACAAGCUAGAGACGGCGAUGAACAUCGGCUACUCGUGUAACAUGCUCAGAGACGACAUGGACGAGGUGUUUAUAAUCUCAGGUCACACCAUGCUUGAGGUUCAACAGGAGCUCAGGACUGCUAAAGAGAGAAUCAUGGGACCCAGCGGAGAUAAAUUCAGCGGUGGUCUUGACAUGGAAAAGACAGAAUUGUACUCAAGUGACUCCGUCUUUGAAGAGACCAUCAUCGCCGAGUACGCUUUAAUCAUCAACGGACACAGUUUGGCUCAUGCCUUGGAGGCAGACCUGGAGCUGAUCCUGGUGGACGUGGCGUGUCUGUGUAAGACAGUCAUCUGCUGUCGGGUCACUCCACUGCAGAAAGCUCUGGUGGUUGAGCUCAUAAAGAGACACAAGCAAGCCGUCACUCUCGCCAUCGGAGACGGAGCCAAUGACGUCAGUAUGAUCAAUACGGCACACAUUGGUGUGGGCAUCAGCGGACAGGAGGGCAUGCAGGCAGUGUUGGCCUCUGACUAUUCCUUUGCCCAGUUCCGCUACCUGCAGCGCCUCCUGCUCGUCCACGGGCGCUGGUCCUACCACCGCAUGUGCAACUUCCUCUGUUACUUCUUCUACAAGAACUUCGCCUUCACACUGGUUCAUUUCUGGUACGGGUUCCUCUGUGGAUUCUCUGCCCAGACAGUAUAUGACCAGUGGUUCAUUACACUCUUCAACAUUGUCUACACCUCACUUCCUGUUCUGGCCAUGGGGCUGUUUGAUCAGGAUGUGAACGAGCAGUACAGUUUACGCUAUCCUAACCUGUACAGACCUGGCCAGCUUAACCAGCUCUUCAACAAGAGAAAGUUCUUCACCUGUACGCUGCAGGGGGUCUGCACCUCUUUUAUCCUCUUCUUCAUCCCAUAUGGAGCCUUCAUGACCGCUGUGCGGGAUGACGGCGCACACAUCUCUGAUCAGCAGGCUUUCGCCGUCACCAUAGCAACCUCUUUGGUCAUUGUGGUCAGUAUACAGAUUGGGCUUGACACCAACUACUGGACCGCUGUGAACCAUUUCUUUAUAUGGGGCAGUCUAGCUGUUUACUUUGCAAUCCUUUUUGCAUUGCACAGCGACAGCAUUUUUACCAUAUUCCCGAACCAGUUUCCUUUCAUAGGUACCGCACGUAACUCUCUGAAUCAGAAGAUUGUGUGGCUGGUCAUCCUCCUCACCACAGUCGUGUGUAUUAUGCCCAUGGUGGCGGUCCGAUUCAUCAGGACUGACCUCUAUCCCACACACACUGACAAGGUGCGUUUACUUCAGCAGGCCACUAGGCGGCAGGGUCCUCAAGAGCAGAACCUCAGGAGAGUCCGCAGGACGAGUUCCCGGCGCUCGGCGUACGCUUUCGCCCACCAGCAGGGAUACGGAGAACUCAUCACCUCCGGCAAGAACAUGAAGGUACCAACAUCCUCUACAUCCACGUAUCCACUAUCCUCACCGUCGAGAGGCCCUGCGGACACCAACCUGGUACAAAACACCACCAAUGCGGAAGAGACCACCUCAACCACCUCUAGAUUUAAGAGAGAACAAGUCCUAAGCCAAGAGGUAAUGGUGGAAGACUUAGAGGCCAGAUAAAGGGCUGUUUUUCUUUCUUUACUGAAGGAAAAGGAAAUAGUGCCCGUCUUUAAUAUAAGAAAAUAUAAUGUAUUUUGGGCAGACACACAUGCGCAGGAGACUCCAAAGAGCCAGCACAAUGAAGCCUUUCCUUCACUCUCAUCCGUCUCACAAGGCUCCCGUUCAUUGAACUUCAAAAUGAACCUCAGAUCCCUUUUGUAUUCUCACCGAUUCAAACGUUUUCUCAGAAAGGCAUGUUUUUGUAUUUUGAGGCCUAAGAUCUUCCCUUUAUGACUUUGCGAAUGUUUUAGGCAUCUGAAACGUUAAAUCCAGAGUUCUAUAACCUGCACAAUACUAAACACGAGUUUACGCUCAGCAAAUGACUAAUACCGUGAGGAAUAAGCGUGGGAAAUAAUACCUCUUGUUUUGUUAUAAACACAGACUAUCUGCAAUGGAUUUGUUUAAAGACCUGGAAGUUCCUUCAAUACCCUCGGUUUACUAAAGCACACCCAAAUGAAUCGCACUACUAAAUAGGAAUGUGUGAACUCAAUGCCUCAGAGGAAAAGCACUGGCUGUAAAACCUAAGUUGGCUUCACAACUGAGUUUUAAAAGAUUUUAAAAUGCCAAAUUUGGUUUUAAAUAUAGCACUUUUUAUAAAAAAGGAAACAUCUUAGGAAGUGUAAAAACGUUCCUCACUUGUCCGUAGUUAGUGCUUUUGCAUGCAGCUCAGCGAACUGAGUUUUAUUGAACUCAUCGUGCCUUCCAUCAAGUGAUAGACUGAAGCAUUUACACGAUUAAACUUUAGGAUUCCACAUCUAUCUCCUACAAAGGUCUAUAAAGUGGGCAUUUCUUUCAAAGGACCCUUUACAGAAGGAAUUUUUGUGCCUUUUUCAUGCCUUUCAUCAAAGGAAGUACUUUCAGUUCUGUUUGUCAUUUGAAACGCGGCGGCACUGUUUUUUGUUUUUUUUUCUCCGAAUGUAUCACAAGCAUAUUAGCUGUUCAUUGCCUACUUAGAUAAUAUUUUUUUAAAUAAUUUAUUUGACGAGGGGCGUCGUGCAACAUUUCCUUUUUAUGAGUGUACAGUUGACGUUAUUUUAAUGUUAUGUUAAAUAUAUAUAUCGAAUGUAUAAGAUUUUGUCAACAGACCAUGCAGAUUGUUUAUUGGUUUUAUUUAAAUGCAUGGAUUUUUAUACACUUCAUUGUAAUUUUUUUACAUGAUAUGCAUUAAAUGGCCAUUGUUUAAUUUAUUUAAAAAUGGAUUGUUUGCCUUCCUGUUUCAUAUAACAAUCGUUUGAGUUUUUUACUCAAGUGCUGUGGGUUGUUGAGUGGUUGCCGGGGGGUUGCUAUGUGGUUGCUAUGAUGUUCUCCUAUGAUGCAGUAUGUGUCUAAAGGUGCAGGGGGAAAUUUUACGAGCAAAAAAUGUAAAUAGUCUAUUGUCAACGCCUCACGCAAAAUUCACUGUCGCGUUACGUAGAUUCUUGCUGAAAUUGUUUCGCCUGUGAAAUAACGGUAAAUCUAAAAGCACCUUAAGUGUAAUAAUUGAAUACAAUACUGAACGCAAGCAUGAGCAACAGUAAUAGUGAUGCUUAUUGCAACCGUAGUAAAAACCACUAAUGACAUGUUUAUUAUUAAAUGAAAAAAGUAAUGAUGAGAGUCGGAAACAUUGAAAUGUUUUUAUUGAAUGUUGAAUAUUGACCUUGAACGCUUUCAAAGUAGGAAUGUAUAGAGCAAUUCUUCUUUACUAGUGCCCUGACAACCUCGAACUGGGUAUAAAAUAAAAUGAUCACUGAUUUCUUCAUUCUUUCAAAACAUACAGAGUGAAAAUGCACAUUCAGAGUUUAUAAAGUCAGUUUCCCUUUCAUCAGAUUCGCCAUUACACGCAACCCCUCCUCUUUCUGAGGCCACAGGCUUGAUUGUGUAGCUAAAAAGACAGAACAUAGCCCUGCUACUUUUCAUUCCUCUAUGAAAA